GCAUCAUAAUUGCAUAAAAUGCCAGAACACACGCCAGCCCCGACACCCGGUCGUGCCAUCUAUGGCUUUGCGUUGUUUCUGCUCUUCAAAACCCUCUUCUUUAUGUACGUCGUUUGGGCGUUCGUUCCCACUUCGCUAUUCGAUCAGCUAGGUCUAACGUACCUUCCCGAUAAGUAUUUCGCGCUUUUCAUACCAAUUCUUGCACUAGUGGCCGUAACUCUGUUUGCCUUUAUAAUCUAUCCUUCCCUCGCGCUCGCAAUGACGCCGGAUGUGGACGAUCCGGUCACCAUUUCGGAUACGUUCACUAUUGUGCGGUGUGAGUAUCGCUUUCCGGACGGUCAGUGUUGUCUUCAGCGGGUCGAAGACCCGUUCACUACCGGAUGGAAUGCAAAGCGGCUCUGUGCUAAACACUGUUCUCGUCACAUUGAACAGCAAAGGACGGUGCGUGUGGCCAAUUUUUGCGAUUGUCCCUACGAAGCUCACUGCUUGCUUCGUAAGGAUCCUGAUUAUUUACCUACUUUGAGAAACAAAGACCCUAUACCAGCAGCAAACGAUAUAAAUGUAUCGAAAGUGAGCCGAGUCCUGUACGCAAGACAAUGAUUUUUCUUUUAAGUGGGGGGAAUGUAAAUUCAAAAACAAUAGCUAAUAGUAAAAAAUAUAUAUGCAGAAUAUACUAACAAAUACGCGCGACAAUGAUUUUUUAGAGAGGAGUAUGUAAAUUCAAAAACAAUUGCUAGUAGUAAAAAGAAA